AUGCUUAAACUGAAAUACCCUUCUUUUCAAAUUACUAUUGCUGGUCAUUCUCUUGGUGGUGGAGUCGCCCAAUUGUUGACUUUAGAAAUUAAUAAAAAUCACCCCGAUUGGUUAGUUCAUGGUUAUUGUUUAGCACCUGCAUUAGUCCUUUCACUGAAUAUAGCUUCAUCUCCAUUAGUUCGUUCACUGAUUGAUUCCGUAGUAUCAAAAAAUGAUAUUGUUCCUAGACUAUCUUUUGAUUCAAUUAAAAAUAUUCAACCAUUAAUCAACGAGUUUCGUUCUAUUUACAAUAAUACUAGUUUAAUCUCUCUCAACUCAAAAGAAACAACAGAGCAAUACCAACAAGCUUUCAACCGUUUUUAUGAAUCAACAAAUACUAUAGACUCAUCAGUCUUAGUACCACCAGGAAGAGUAUUUCAUAUCCAAAAAAGAAAAGAACAUGGCGUUAAAAAAUAUCGCUUGUUUGAACGUGAAAAUAAAGAGUUUGGCUGGCUUUUUAUUAAAGUACUAAGUCUUAGUGAUCAUUUCCCAUACAACUAUUAUUACACACUAUCACAAGUCGUUAAUGAGAUGACAAUGGAAUGA